GUUAGAUGCCUACAACUUUUAUUACUGUUAUAAAAACUUAUGCUGCAAAAUAAAAUUGCAAGUAAUUUUAUAACUGCGCAAACGACAGGUGGCUUCCUGAAUUUGUUUUUAACCAAAGUUGCGAUAAAGUUAUUUGGAGAAUGGUUAUGCCUUUAUAUUCAUAUGGGACAAAGUUUACCUGUAAAGCGCUCAGCCUUACUCGAUUUGCGAUACAGUGCAUGCCUGUGCUAAAGCGCUCCACCUGAUUGUGUAACACAGCUUGCAGCUCCUAUUCAGCCCUUUACAGAGCCUUUAGCAGCAAGUCACACAGUAACACAGUAACUUGUGGCUUAACCGAGCUAGUUGAGUAUAUUAUUGAAAAGUACUGAAAUAUUGAAAAGUAAUGAAAUGGCUAACAUAACUAACUGGUGGUAACAAACUAAAAAAAAAAUGUCUUGUUUGUUAUGUGCAGUUUUUUUUUUUUGCUUAGUUAGGGUUUGCAAUCUUAUUCGAACGACUACGACGAAUGACUGUAAACAUACUUUUAUGAAAAGCCGUUCUUAAAGUGCGGUUAUAGCGUUGUUUCCAUGUUAUUUGAUCAUUGUAAAGACAACAAGAGAAAGUUGACAUAAUAACCUUGCAGGGGAAAAGCAUCCAUUUCAAUUUAUUUACAUUCAAUAAUAAUUGCUAGCGUGGUUUUUAUGCUUUUUUGGUCAUUGACAAGACAACAUUAUAACCAGAAGAUUUGCUGUGAGAACCUUACAUGGGGGAAGCCUUUCUUUCAAGUUGUUUACAUGUGAAAUUAUCACUAAUGGAAACCAUUAAGUCUGAAUCUAAUGCAACGGUUUCCAUCUGAAAAAUUUGUCAGCAGCAAAGGAGAGCACAUAAUUAUCUAAUCUGUAAAAUAAAACUACCACCCCAAACACUACCCGUAUUGGGUAUUGUUUGGGGUGGUAGGGUAUAUUGGGUACCCCAUGUUUUCAAUUAAGCCUGUUUUAUUGUUUCUUUGAGUACAGGAAGAGAAAAAAAAUACAUAAGUUAUCAUGAAAGACAUUAAAGCUUAUUUGGCUCGCGUUUGUUCAGAUGGGCCCCUUGCAGAUCAGUGGGUGCAGCUGCAACAGUUAUAUGAAAGCAGGUUAUGGCAUGAAUUGACAUUAGAAUUAAUAAAGUUCGUAAAAGAAGAACAUUUCAAACAGAAUGGCGGUUUAACAGAUUUAUAUGAAAAUUUUCUCUCGGAUUUUGAACACAGAAUAAAUCAAUUAUCACUGGCUGAACUCAUGUUAGUUAUAGCCGAAGAAAUAACUGAUUAUGACAAGGCUGUUGAAUUCUUUACUAAAACACAAGAGAAGAUGAAAAACAGCAAGGAAGGACACAUCCUGUGCAUGACUGCAAUUGGACUGUUACAUCUAAAAGCAAAGAAAAUGGAUGAGGCUAAAGUGGUCAUAAAAGAAGCUCAAACGUUACUGGACACUUUAGAUGGAGUAACUACAGUACAUGGAAGAUUCUACGAUCUAUCCAGCAAUUAUAGUAAGAUAACUGGUUCUUAUAAUGAAUAUUACAGAGAUGCUCUAAGAUUUCUAGGUUGCAUGGACAUCUCCACUAUUCCAGAGAAGGAACUCCAAGAAAGAGCUUUUAAUUUGUCUCUUGCUGCAUUACUUGGUAGUGAUGUAUAUAACUUUGGAGAAUUGCUUGCGCACGAGGUUCUCCAAUAUCUAAAGAGAACGGAAUUUGCAUGGCUAAUCGAUGUUUUAUAUGCAUUUAAUAGCGGUAAUAUUCAAAAAUUUUUGGAUUUGAAGCCAAGCUGGAGCAAACAGCCCGACUUAGCUGCUAACGAAACCACCAUGAUGCAAAAGAUUACGAUUUUGUGUUUGAUGGAACUGACAUUUAAGAGGAAGUCUACUGACAGAAGUUUCCCCUUUCAACUUAUUUCUGAACACACUCGACUUCCUGUUCAUGAGGUGGAAUUACUCGUUAUGAAAGCACUAUCACUCGGACUCAUUAAAGGAAGUAUAGACGAAGUGAACAAAAUGGUGCAUAUCACGUGGGUACAACCUCGAGUACUGGAUAAAGAACAGAUGCAAAAUUUACGCGGGUUACUCGGAAACUGGAGCGAAAAAGUGAAAUCAUCCGUCUAUAUGGUAGAAGAUCAAGUACCAGAAUUGAUGGUGAAAUAAAGUUCGCAGCGACGUGUUUGAUCUUUCCAAACAUGCUUCGUUACAAAGGACUUGAAGCAUUUUACGUUGUUAUUGUUUCUUCACCACGAAAUACAUUUCGUACUCGAAGGUUUA